ACGGCUCCGUGGAAGAAUUUCUUCCUCCAUUGUUACAUUGUAACAAACGGGGCCGGGGCGAGAGGGGGGAAGAAAAAGGCGUCUUCUCUUUAGAAACCCUGCAACGUUCAGACGCCGAACCGAGAGAGGCCGGUCCGCGUCUGUAACAAAAAAGCAAAAAGAAAAAAAAAAAAAAGAAAAGAAACAAAGCUACGAGAAGACAGCGAAGUGCGAGCCAAGCCGACUGAACCCGCCCCGGCGAGAAAAAAGGGAUAAACGAACACAGAUGUCAGCGGAUUUCUCCAUUACAAGCAUUUAAAGGCUUACGUCCAGAAGAUAAGGCAUCCAGCUAUUUACAUUAUUCAUGCUGCUCCGAAAUUUUUGGGGGAUAAAUCGCCGCUAUUAUGACGCCCCUCUUCCUCUCGUCCGUCCUUUAAAUAGAUUAGGCAUGCAACAUUUAAAUGAAACCCGCCGGUGUAAUGAGGCAGCCCCGGGUUUCUCUGCGAUCUCUCACUGUGCAGAACAAUGAACAUGGAGCCGAAACAGCCUAAUUCUGCCCAGACGUCAAGUGUUGCAAAUUGACAAUCAAGCAAGCUUUUAGUCAGAUCACUUUUUUGGGUCAGCCCAUCGCUCCACGCUUUGCAGUCUGAGGUACUCAGUGCAGGAUUAUCAGGCUUUGGCACCCCCCCACCCGAAAAAAAAAAAGCUUCUGGUUGGGUGUGCAAAGAUUGAUGUGCAGCUCGGGCUGGAAAAAGGAACGACCUACCAGGUGGUUGGAAUAAGGGUCUCUGUUUCUGCCCCAGACACCAGGUUUCCAUGGAGGCAGGUGCGUCCCUGAGUCUCAAACGAAGAUAUGAAGAGGUGGACAACAGCUCCCCAUUCUCCACACCUAAAGACUCCGACGAUGACAUCUCCAGCAGCGACAGCGCCGACAGCUGCGACAGCCUCAACCCCCCCUCCAGCUCCGCUUUCACCCCCACCUCCAUCCUCAGGCAGCACAAGCCGUCGCCGGGGGGGAAGCGGGUGCGCUUCGAUGUGGUGACGGUCUACUACUUCCCCCGGCGGCAGGGCUUCACCAGCGUGCCCAGCCAGGGCGGCAGCUCCCUGGGCAUGGCCCGGCACCACUCCUCCAUCAGACACUACACGCUGGGCGAGUUCGCCCGCGAGCAGGAGACCAGCCACCGGCACACUCUGCGUCAGCACCUGCGCCAGGAGAAGCUCAACGCCCGGAAGAUGAAGCUGACCAGGAACGGGACGGUCGAGUGCGCCCAGGCCGACCUGCUGACUCUGGAGGACGUGUCCGACGAGGACCUCGACGUCGACGGCGUGGAGGUGGACGACUGCUUCUUCCUCCAGCCGCUGCCCACCAAGCGCCGGCGCGCCCUCCUGCGGGCCUCCGGCAUCGCCCGCAUCGACGCGCGCGAGAAAGCCGAGCUCAGAGCCAUCCGCCUCUCCCGGGAGGAGUGCGGCUGCGACUGCCGCCUGUACUGCGACCCCCGCCACUGCGGCUGCAGCCAGGCCGGGAUUAAGUGCCAGGUGGAUCGAAUGUCUUUCCCGUGUGGCUGCUCCAGAGACGGCUGCGGUAACGUAGCCGGACGCAUCGAGUUCAACCCCCUGCGCGUCAGGACUCACUACCUGCACACCAUCAUGAAGCUGGACCUGGAAAAGAGGAGGAUGCUCAUCCAGGGGGCCGGGGACCAGUACGCGGAAGCCGACCCUUUGUCUUCCCCCUCCUCGACCUGCCCCACUUCGCCCGACCUGUCCUCCGUGGCCGGCCUGGACUCCGAGCUGGAGGAGACCGAGGUGCACUCGGUGGUGGAGGUCCACGACCUCCUGGCGGAGCAGGACAUCCUGGAGCAGGAGAACGAGACGGCCGUGCUGCACCUGCAGAGCGCGGAGGAGCAGGAGAGGAGGGAGCGGGAGGAGGCGGAGCCGGAGCUGGGCGCCGGGGGCCUGGCGGAGCAGCCGCUCUGCCUCCUGCCCGAGCAGGCGGAGGUGCCGGGCGUGGAGCAGGUCCUCCUGCAGGGGCCUUUCCCCACCGGGGCCACCGUCCUGUGCAUCACAGAUAACCAGGAGGAGAGCCCCUCGGACCUCCUCAAAGACUCCACCUCCCUGCUCUACUAUCAGCUGAGCUCCAUCGAGCCCGGGGCGUUUGAGACGCUGCCCAGAGCGGAGGACGGCGAGCAGGAGACAGCGAGGGAGGAGCUCGUGGCGAGCAAACGAGAAGCCGGAGAGGAGCCCAGUGACCAUAAGCAUGAAAACCCGGCCUGCAGACAGAGCCUGGGCAAGUCUUUGACCGAUGUGAUCCUGUGCUCAGAGGAAUGUGUGGCGGCGGCGGUGGAGGAGGGGCCCUCCAGUCUUCAGCAAAACAUCCUGGAAGCACAGCGCUGCGAGGAGCCCUGCUCGGGAAAAGAAUUCAAUCCACUGCCUCCUGAAGUUUAAUACUGGCUUCUCUGCAGAUAUUUUGCACAAUAGCUUCAUCUAAGAUGAGUAAAUGACACAUUUUACAUGUAUUACUGCUACUAUCAAGAACGACUGCAGGUCGCGGGUUCUUAAAGUGACUUGACACUGCAGAAUGAUCUGGAACGUUACAACACACACAAAGGGAGAAGAGAUGCUGAAAGCACAUACAGAUCACUCCCCGGAAGUAAUAUGGAUGCAGUUUAAAAAGGCAACGUUGUACAUUACUCUGUUCGGGGCGUGACGAAUGCGGCCUUAAUGGAACGAAAACAACAACAUGAAAACACUUGUACGUAGGAGCUGACGACCAGAACGGCUGAAUUCCCAACACACAAGGCGAAAAAGAAAAAAGAAAAAAAAAAACAGCAGCGUGAGUGCUGAUUUAAGCCUUUUGUCUGGUGUUGUAUAAAUCUAAUAACACUACAUACACACAUAGUUUUGCAGUGCGUGAGAAACUGGUGUUACGUUCCAGCUCACUUUCUAUUACAGCGAACCUGUGCUGUAAGUCAAGCCAAAUGAGGGCGUCUGAUAGUAUCCUCUGCUGAAAAUAGACCUAAUAAUCCUGGAAAUACUUGGUUUUUUUUGUGUACUGUAUAUGCAUUUGCAAUGUGUAAGACAGAGCUGAGGUUGCUGCUUAUUGCAUCUGUAUGCACGUUGUGAACGGAGGCGGGAGGGGGGGCAGCAGGUGUCGUUGCUGUUAAGGAAGCAUGAAGGUAAACCGACACACGGCGGCGGCGGAUUAGGACUUGCCUGAGUUGCUGCUGUCGCUCACUCUGGACUGCCUGUACGAAUGCAGUUCAAAUGAUCAAAAUGAACAAAAAAAAAAAAACUAAAAAACACUAACAAAAAAAAAAAAGUUAAUC